AUGAUCAUUGGAAUAACUUUACCAAUUAUCCAGAAAUGGAUUGGAUCAGGUUUCACAUUUUUUACUUGGUUGUGUAUUGAACAAAAACCGMUAGAAAGGAAAAUACCCAAAGUWGAUGAGAAAAAGAAUUCCCGACGAGAAAUUUACAGUUUUUUCACUAGUUCAGGAGUGGGAGUUGAGGCGUUUUUAUCCAAAGAUCAAAACUUGGUUGUUGCAACUUGCGGAAGAAAGGAAUAUCAUACCGUUCUUGUUCCAGAUUGCAGGCUCAUGGAUGGUCAGUGGCAUUGCUUAAGCAUCGCUCACAUACCUUCCCGAAGGCCUUUUGGUCAAAGUACUCUACUCGUUUGUAUCGAUGGAGUUACCAAGGCGACAUGYUCACUGAAGUUCCAUUCUCUUGGAUCAGAGGAGUUAUCUAAAUGCCACAUAGGGUGCGGAACACAGCGAAUACAGAACCACUCUCAUGUAAAUACUCCUCCAUCGACAAAAUCAAUGAAGUUUCCAUUCGCUCGGGCUUCCAGUCUUGACUCUCCAAACCCUGGCGUUGGUAAUUUUUCCGUCAUUGCUGCUGGUUCUCAGGAUUCUGUUUGGGGRUCACCAGUAUCUCUACAGGGCCAGUUGGGUCCUAUUUGCGUGUUUAGUGAAGGACUUGUGGAGUCCUAUCACACAGCUUGGUACAGGGCAGGUCCCAAUAAUAUAGAUGUAUUUCARCCUCCUGAUACGUCAGGCACGCCUCAGGGGAGUUUAUUUGAUGUCUCUUCAAAACUAGUCCUUUCCUAUCAUGCAAAGGCUGUCCGUGAUUUUGUUUGCUCUGAUUUGACUCCACCUCAACCAAUACAUACAGAUCUUCCUGGCAGAUUGUCAGGUCAUCAGUGUGUAACGUGGAAUAUCAAGGAUGCUAUUCAAGGAAUCGGUGGAAUGGAAAUAUUUCUUCCUCUGCUUGAAGCGAUUCGUUACACAGAAGACGAAAGUGUUAGCACUGUUAAUCUGYCGGAGAAAAUUGAAUCUACCGCUGAAGAGAGGCAAGACAGCGCCUCCUCAGAGGACUGGACCCUCAUUAGACAACCAACAGACAUCCAUGACUUAAGAAACAAGAUGACGGACAUCUGCAAUCACUCGGGGACACAAGUCUCUUUAUUCUUGUAUUUAAUUCUAAACAUCWUGAAGGAGUACGAAUCGAACGUUUCCUUUCACGACCAGAGUUUAGUGUUUAUUGCCCACAUGCUUCAGUCGUGCGACGCCAGGCUAAUGGACCCRUCUGUCUUGAGAGCCAUUCAAGACAUGAUUGAAUGCGUWAAUGUACCGUUYCUWCUCGAACAAAUCUACGAGCAUAUUGUGUUUAACUUUGCUAUCUGGAGCGCUUGUGAUUUCCAGCUACGCAUUGGGCAUAUUCAGUUUAUUUCAACCAUCGUCAAGGAUAAACCAUCACAGUUCAAGACGACUUAUGGAGUACAAUUCCUUCUUGACGUCAUUAAGAUGUACUAUGCYGGMAAGCAUGAAUCAUUGUGUAAUGCCKCUGAACGUGCUGGCGCAGUCGAAGUCAGCAGUGGUGAAGUAAAGAUGAUCAGAGCGUCUUUACUAGGUCUUUUGAAGUUUUACUUGAUAGAGAAACCAAAAAUACAGGAAGCAAGGUGCCUGGUAGAUUACCUUCAAAAUAUCCGCGAUCCAGAACAGGUUAUCGAGAUUCUUGACCUUCUGAACUCUGUUUGCACCAGRACMUCGCAAAACAAACUUAUCAAGAGGAUAUCGGAUCCUUCCAAUGUCUGUGUAUUCAUGUUUCUCCUWCAAAACUUCUCUCACGAACCAAUUCGCCUGAAAAUAYUGAAGCUGAUGGCGGCCAUUAUAUCGUCACCAAUGGUACCCAUGGUUAACAAAGAUCAUUGGCGGUUAAARRRCAUCGGGUUGACCCCCCUGAUUGAUGUCCUGAAACCAGAAGCCUCUAUAUCUAUAGUACUUGGUCUACUGGAAMUGGCAGUGGAUGAGCUCUCUGAGGGGAAGGGGGUCCAGGUUUAUGGACACUAUGAUGUUGUUCUAGCUGUGGUUCGAAUGAUUCUGGACAAAGAUCUUGAAACAAAGCUACUAGUCAGUCACAUGAUAUUGAUGUCCUUAAAUACUGGAAAAGAUAGUACUGGCUUACUGGCCAACCAACCUGCCUGGUUCGACACGCUUUUUUAUAUGCUGACAGUCAAAUCACGUGAUGAUAUCCCUAGUGACCCUGCGUCAAUCAACGGAAAACACAUGGAAGAACUAGUGCACAAUGUACUCAGGAUUGUCUUGAAAACAAUGUGGAAGGGUGUCCCUGGCCACGACAAUGAAGCAUGGAAGAACCGUGGACARGUUAUCACUGCUGUCAGCACCAUUGCGUCAUCAGAGACGUUUGUCUACCCAUCACGCGUUAUUGAAAGAAGGCUUUUAGAAAUGAGYCUUCAGGCAGUAGUACAAGAUAUUCAGCGGUCUGGUCAGACAGGAGAGAGUGAGACGAGCAACGCACUAAUGACAAUGAGACUUGUCGAAGAUUUUGUGUUUACCUCAGUAACCGGACAAGAAUCGGAAGACUCUUACAAAUGGAGUGUUAAGUUGGUUGACUGCGUAGCUCAACUGCUUGAAGCAGUCAACGUUUGGACCAAAGACGAUGUUGAAGAGGAUAUCGAAUGGGGAGAAAUGGCRCAGAUWGGUGGUCGAAUYCUUCUUGGWUUUCUUGCYCAUCAAGACACUAAUUUCUGUGCAACAGCUUCGUCGAAGCUCAGCAAGCUACUCAAAGCACGAACUAUCAAUUCUCAGGUUGARGUGUGCUUUGUUUUGGGGAAACUCUACCAAGCUUUYRCUGAUUCGAGACAAAAAAACGACUCGACCAACUACACGUUCAUCGUUCCAAUCAUCCGCCUUAUUGUCUUGAAGUAUCAUGAUCAGUUACCGCUGACUAUCUAUGUACCGUCGUUCACGGCUCCUGAUAAGGCGCAUCCUAGUUUUGAAGAAGAGUUUGUCAGUCUGAUCGAAACAGACGAAUUCAAAGCCAUGAUGCGACAGCAGAUCGCUCCGGCCAUGCGUCAGUAUAUCAUUCAAUGCGACGACAGUUCUGUAGUGUCUGGACGAUUUUGGAUGAAUUGCCUGAAUGGUUUGAAGGACAGUCUAGAGAGAAGAGAUAGUGCUCUAGAGGAAAGCCAGAGAAAAUACGAGGAGCUGAUUAUCCAAAAAGCAUUUCAAGUAACAGAACAGCAACAAGAACGCUGCAAAAAAUUGUUGGCACAAAAAAGUCUWCAGCAAAUAAAAGUCACCAACCAGUGGUUAAUCACCAAACGCAACUUAUCGUCCGACAGAGCAGUUUGGGCAAACAGGAAUCCAGAGAAGACAUACUGGAAGCUUUCCAGCUCCGAAAACGUCCAGCGCAUGAGAUUAAAGCUUUGCCAGAAUUACAACUUCCACGAUCAUGCCGACGCCAGUGCGAUUCGCGACAACAUGGCGAGUAAUAAUGUUAACAGGAAAAGUUCAGCAGGACCAUUCCAUGUUGCACAGGAAGCCAUGGUACAUAGUUUUAAUGAAAGCAUGGAAGAAGAAGAUCUUUUUAUGCCUAAUAGUUCUGUCAGUCCACCKACAAGCCCACGCACCAAGUCAUUUCUCRUWCAAGAGAAAGUCUUAAUGGAAGUCGAYAGUGAGUUCAUCACUUUGAUGGAUCGCUUCCCGGGAAAACUAAAAGUAUCCACCACGCAUGUCUACUUCACUGCAGAUAGGAACAAAGAAACGACGUCCGCUGUACAGGACUUUGCGUGGGCACUAACCGAGUUACGCGAGGUUCAUCUUCGAAGGUACAGUCUGAGAAGGACGGCGCUGGAAUUUUUCUUGGUUGACCAGACCAACUACUUCAUCAAUUUUUCUAAAGAUGACCGAAAUUUAAUCUAUAAGAGUAUAAUGAGCCAACGGCCCCCUAAUCUGUACUACAUUGGAGCCCGAACUCCAGUGCAACUCCUCAAAGCAUCUGGGCUCACAGAAAGAUGGGUCUAUCGAGAAAUCUCCAACUUUGAAUACUUAAUGCAACUAAACACCAUCGCUGGACGAAGUUACAAUGAUUUAAGUCAAUACCCAAUCUUUCCAUGGAUUAUUUCGGAUUACAAAUCGAAAGACCUCGACUUGAACGAUCCAGGGGUCUAUCGYGACUUGUCAAWACCAAURGGCGCACUAAACCCUGAAAGRGCUGAAGAAGURCGCCAAAAAUUUAAUUCUUAUGUGGACCCCACGGGGAUGAUGCCCAAGUUCCAUUAUGGUACCCACUAUUCCAACUCAGCCGGCGUCCUKUAYUACUUAUUACGGGUCGAACCUUUUACCACACUUCACAUUAAACURCAGAAUGAUCGCUUUGACCACGCUGACAGACAGUUCUUCAACAUYCCCAUGCACUGGGACUCUAUCUACAACAAAUCCACUGACGUCAAGGAACUUAUUCCCGAGUUUUUCUGUUUCCCAGAGUUCCUGGAAAACUCCAAUCGAUUUGACUUGGGAAAUUUACAAAAUGGUCAAAAAGUGGACGAUGUUAUYUUGCCUCGGUGGGCGAAGAGUCCUAAUGAUUUCAUUUAUAAACAUCGUCAAGCGUURGAGUCUGAAUWCGUCUCUAAGAACCUCMACCAUUGGAUUGAUCUCAUCUUUGGGUACAAACAGCGUGGAAAAGACGCCGAGGAAGCGUUGAACGUUUUCUCUUUUUAUACUUAUGAAGGUGCCAUUGAUCUCGACGCCAUUACGRACCCCAGUGAACGAAUAUCAAUGGAAGGAAUGAUAAACGAUUUUGGACAGACACCCACUCAGCUUCUUACGACACCACAUCCACACCGCAUGACAAAAGAAGAGUGUGCCCUGCAYAAGGCUAAAGUGCUGGAGAACACGGGCUCAACUCGACAGCUGUGCAGUGUGUUUGACUAUUUUGACAARCUCAAAGCUUAUUUUGUGGAGGUUUCUGACGUACGAGAUCCAUUGAUCUUUGCCGCUGUACCAUGUGUGCAGGCGCGGAAUCUCAUUCAUCAUGGUAUGCCUGAUGUCAUGGUAACCAUUAGUCGUAAAGGAGUGCUGGGUGCUCAAGACUGGUUACCAUAUUCUAAGACGAGGUCUCGGCCAUUCACGUUCGAGUUGGAUCCUGCUCUWACGUCCUCAAGGUUGAGACGGUCGAUAGCAGCGCCAUUCCAACCUGAUCUAACUAUUUCACCCAGGCUCUUCGCCAUCUCCAAUGAUGCUCGUAUMGUAGUAACCGGUGGGCACUGGGACUGUACUAUCCGCAUAUUUGCACCAAAAGGAAAAUUGAUCUCGCGGAUCAAGGCUCAUUCCGAUGUAGUCACGUGUUUGGCAAUCGAUAAUGGUGGACGUCACUUGAUUACAGGAUCACGUGAUACAACGUGUCGAGUUUGGACGGUCRCCCAUUAUGGGGGCUGGGCGGUAGACAUCGAUAAAGUACCUUUGCAGAUCUUAUAUGGUCACGAUCGUGAAAUCACGUGUGUUGCAAUAAAUUGGGAGCUGGAUAUGGUGGUCAGCGGUUCUGCGGAUGGUAUCUGUACAAUCUACACSGCUCGCAGAGGUGAAUAUGUCCGCACGCUAAGACCCAUGGGUAAUGAGCAAAUUUCGUCCCCAGGCCUCUAUCGAAUCUCUUCCAUGGCCCUGACAGAAUAUGGUAAUAUUAUUGUGUUUUGCUAUGGACGUGAUUGCCGCGCGCUUUGUCGCUACUCCAUCAAUGGCCAACUCCUUGCUGACGAGAGAUCGCAAUUAAAAGAUGACGUCACCGAUAUGAAAGUGUAUGGCGAGUAUAUUGUCACUGGCGGAAGUGCUGGCCGACUUAGCAUACGAGAUCUUCACAGCUUUCAGGAAGUCAAAAGUCUCAAACUUCGUACUUCCAUCACUUGCGURUCUCUAGCCAAAGACAAUAGUCACAUCUUUGCAACGCUUGUCGACGGCAAACUCAUUGUCAUUGCAGUGGAUCUAACGUAACRCAAAASGCUCUUUACGUGGAAUGAUGGCUGCUGAAUUUSACGCAGCACAAUCUCCAGGAACGCCUAGAAUGUAACAUAAAUGGUACUAUCUACCAGAGCAUAGUGGAUUUAAUAUGACCUAGUAAGCACUACCUUCAAUGCGGAUCGAAUUUAACGUAGCAUAUGAUGCAGGAACGUAGUGGAUUUAACGUAAUAUGACCUAGUAAGCACUACCUUAAAUGCGGAUCGAAUUUAACGUAGCAUAUGAUGCAGGAACGUAGUGGAUUUAACGUAAUUUGACGUAGGACGUGAUAUAUUCAAAGUGUAUCAAAUUUGACGUAGCAGAUAAUAGAGAAACGUAGCACGUGCUACUUUCAAAUUUUACGUAACAAGCGAUACAGCAACGUAGAGGAUUUAACGUAACCGCUUCUGCAUUGAAGGAAAUAUAUAUAUCUUAUCGUGGCUGCUUCUCCAAGAACGCAGUAACCUCAAGGUAACACAUUCUACUUCAAAAUCGUUGAAGUUUUAAUGUAACAUAAAAAAGCUGCUUCAAGCAAUAUGCUUGUCUAGAAUUUUCUACAAAUAUUAUGGAAUUAACGUAACCUGCUCCUCGUCAGGKAUUGCUUAAGGGCAUUAUAAAUCAUUUUGUUGUAUGUUUUCCUUCUAGAAUGUAUUUUUAUUUUGUUUGUUAGAAUGUCGAAUGAGAUUUUUGCUACCAGUUUUUGUUUUUACAGUUUCAUCCAAAAAUGUCUGCCGGAUAAUUUUUUUUAUUUUUGAAACGUUACGGACUUGUAAAUGAUCACAGGUAAAUAUAUUCKCAAAUAAUACUCUUUCUCCUGCGAUAAGAGUAAAGAAUUCGACUAUGAAUUAAACUGAAUUGUACAUAAUGGUUAAAUAUAAAUCACAAAAGUGAAUAAUUUGAAAUGGAUUGUAAUUAAAUGAUUGCCAUAAAACCCGUGAAAUCAGUGUGGAAAUCAGAGUGUAACUGUACGCAAAAUCCUUGGCGCAAAGAAGUUAAUUCUUUUUUGAAGUGCAUUCUUUUUUGAAGUGCGCAGUGCUAUUUGAACAGCAAGCCCUUCCAUUGUACCAUUCCCCAUCCCCCUGGGUACAUUACUGUCCAGAUUGGGUUUUUAGGUCUGGUCAGGGGGAGGCUGAAGAGGCUACAGUACAUAUAUUGUACUAACUUUAGAUUUAGUACAGUAACAACACUAUAAAAGUGGGCUAUAUGAAUAUCAAUAAAUAUUGUUUCGUAUUUAGUAAAGUGUUAAAAGUUUUGAAACAACUUCUAGAGUUUGUAUUUCAAUUUAGGAGAACGUUCGCCGACGAUUUCACGGGUUUUGUGUUUUCACAGGGUCGUGCGCGGGGAGUUCCUUGGGGAAGGGGGCGUUCGAGCUUUGUUUCAAGACUGUAAAAAGGUGUUUGACUGCAAAAUUGCACGAAUAUUGUUUUGGAUUCACAGCGAAGAAACUGUUGGACUAUCCAAAAAUGUUUUACCCUGUUUAUUUSGCAAAUGAAGUCGCGUAUUUCAAAGACUUUGGCCAAGGAAAGGGGGGGUUCCGGUACCCCUUGGACCUCCCCCUGCGCACGCCUCGGUCUCACUCUGUAGUACAGGAAAAAGAGCCAUAUAUGGCCUGAUAUAUAGUCUCAAUAUGUUACAGUGUAUUAAAGGGUGAAUGAAAAGGGCGAGGAUUAAUAAAGCAAAUUGUACUACUGCUUUCAAUGUACACGAAUUGAAAAUGUAGAUACAUUAAAAUAUAUCAAUAAUAAGGCUAGAUUGUGGGGUAAAUUCGAUGAAAUGAUUAACUGUGCAAUUCGUGGAAUUGAAAUAAAGGUAUUUUCACUUA